CUCCAGCAAUAAAUCUCCUUGUGUGUCGUUUGCUCUGGUAGCUAUAACGAUCAAAGAUGAAGUUCAACGCCUCUCCACUCCCUUCGGCUUCCUCUCUCCUCUCCUUCUUCUUCUUCUUCUUCUUCCUCCUCUGUAGUUUCAUGGUUUCUUCCGCAGAGCCAUAUUCUUCCGCCAUGGCUGUCGAUGAGGAAGACCACCUAAUCGCUUCGAUCACCGAGCGGGACGAGUUCGUCAGGUCUGCAGGUUAUGGCGAGGAGAAGCUCUCCUCUGUGCUCGUCAUGGGCUCCGUCCUCUGUAAGUCUUGUGGUGGAGCCACUUCAGAGUUUGCUUCAGGGGCCACUGUUGUAGUGAAAUGCAAAAGAGGGAAGACAAGGAUCAGAACCAGAGCCCUUACUGAUAAGUAUGGCGACUUCACAAUUGAACUCCCUUCUGAAGUGCAUGCAUGGCCCAGGCUAGAGAAGUCAUGCAGGGUUAGGGUCCUCCGCCUCUCCCGGAAGUCGGCAUGCUAUCCAAGAUUUUCCGGCCAACCAACACCCCUGAGACUGUCGUCGGUCGGCAAUGGAGUCCGGGCAUACGACGCCGGAGUUAUAUCCAUCAAGAAAAACAAUGGUGAUCCUAUUGCUUGCAGCUAGACUGGGUUCCAAGUAUGAGACAACUAAAAGGGGACCAAGAAGCAGAGCAAAUUGGUAAGCAAAGGUAGGGCUUGGCCUGGGACCUCCAUGGCAUUGUUGAGGGUGAGGAGAAAUUUUUUGGCAUUGAAAUGCCAAAAACCAUGUAAAUAAACAUUGUAGACGAAUACCAUGCAAUGCCACUGUGAGAGUUUGUCACCAAGAGCUGUUGUUUUUACUUUUCAGUUCUAUUUGUAAGUUAAUUAUCUCAAAAACAAUAUGAGAUUGGCUUUAGCUGCGUUGUGGAAUGGAAAAUUUAUGAUAUC